AUGAAGAUUUGUAUUUUAUCACUGCUCGAGACCGCGGAGCCACAGUUUAGAAAGUGCGAUAACUUGUCGGAUCCCACACAGUGUGUUCCGCGGCACCGUCACGAAUUCGUGAACCGAAAAAUCACGGGGAGCAAUGCAAAAUCCGAGAUUGAUGAGGUGUGCCGCGAGAAUUUCGAUGUAUUCAUGAAUUGCAUGGGUGUCGACAGAGAUGGCAUUGAAGCAGCCAAGUAUCUCGAGUCUAAAGGCGUCACAAUACUGACCAAUGUAUCCGGUCUCUUGACCACAAACGGGCUUGAUCUAAGCCAAAAGAAAAAUGACUCGGAUGUCAAAGUUCCCGGCAACACAUACGGCAAGUAUCCCAAGAUGGUCAAGUACUUCGACAAGUGUGGCUCACUUGGGUUGGAUUGGAGUGCCGUUUGCUCCGACGACGAAGCAGUCGGAAAGCGAAUCACCCUGCUUCAGGAGGAGAAUCCAACAUUGGCAAUUUCGGUCCAGGACUACGUAUUUGGAGAUGACUGUGCAGCAGUCGUCAUUGAUUUGGGCACUAAUGUGGUUGCCCUAGUUCCUCUGCAAUUCGUUUUCCCAGAUUCUACGUCGGCGGACAUUAGGUUCUUGACAAGAGACGACAAGACUGCAUAUUCCACGGCCAGGAAGAUACAGCAUAUUCUAGUGGAAGGGGAACUCCAGGAAAGGCUACAACAAACUGCCGUAAACGCAUUCACGUUCAUCAAGUCCUCUAGCGAAGGAGCAUGGGCCUAUGUCACCAUGCGAGUCGAGAGAAACACCCAAGACAUCUACGUAAUCGACGUCAACUGCAAUCCUAUCCUAUAUGGCCGCGAAGAGCAUCGGUUCGACGGUGAUUUCCUGGUGGAAGAAACCUUUCCUGGAGGCCGGGAAGCCUUUCUCGACACUUUAUUGACCGUCAAGCGCAGUCAGCUUGGCUCCAACAAAAACCGGAUCCAUCAGACGGCGGCAGUCUACGACAGUUGGUCCGACACGUACGAUGAGUUUUGGGAGUCAACAAACAUGUCCAAAAUGCUACAGUUCACCGCCGACAACUUUGACUUUUCGGGAUCAGUCCUCGACCUGGCCUGUGGUACCGGCGUAUUCGGCCGGAUCCUACACGACCGCGGUGCGAUGACGACGGAAAUUGUCGGUGUCGAGAUCUCGGCUGGCAUGUUGUGCGCCCCUGACAUCAAGAAGUACUACAAGAAGCCACUUUGGAACUGCUCCAUGCAGGAAUACAUCAUGGAAGAUGUCCAGUUUGAUCACAUUGUCUGCUUUGGGGCGCUUUUGUUCCUUGAUGCCGUUGAGCUCAAUACAGUUUUGGCAAGGAUGUUUAUGAUGGCCCGCAGGUCGUUGACCAUUGAGGUGGAAAAUCUGGACAACAAGGUAAUCAGCAAGAUGCAAGAGGACGUUGGAGAUCUCUUCUUCAUGAAUAAUCACGUCCAGAUGGUUGAGAGGUUUGGGGUUCCAAAUGGGUGGAAGCUCGUGCAUAAGCAGCAUGGCGCUCUGUACCCGUCGCCGGCUUCUGAGGGAAACGUGGAAGGCUACAUAGUCCGAUUUGAAAGGCUUAUUUGA